UGCGAAACCUGCCGCGCUUCGGCCUCCGAAGCGCCCAAAACUCACGGUGCGGCACGGCAACCAGCCGCGCGGCACCCCGCCACGGCGCACACGCGACCAACCACACGCCCCCGCCGCACCCACGCCCCCUGCCCUCCUUGCUCACCCGCUUCCUUUCCUUGUCGGCGACGCCGUCGUCGUCGCCCGUCGUCUUUCCUUUCCCCGCAGACGGGACCAGCCGGGCUGCAGCGCACUCCAUACGAUACGGUAGCUUCUCCACUACCCAAGCUCACAGGCAGGGAGGGGGAGGGAGCAGCGCGAAAAGCCAAGCCACCAGCAGACGACCGGGGGCGGAGAGACCGCCCACCAGACCUGCCCCUCGCCUCCAUCCAGAUCUCGCAUGCGCGGUGGUCGCCGACAAGGGCGGAGGAGGAGGGCUUAGGGGUCCGUGGCGACGGCCGACUCCAUGGGGGGAGCGCGGCUGGGGAGAUGGGUGGAGUCGUACACGGGGAUGUCAGCGGACAACAUUAAGGGGCUGCUACUGGCGCUCUCCUCCAGCCUCUUCAUCGGCGCCAGCUUCAUCGUCAAGAAGAAGGGGCUCAAGAAGGCCGGCGCCGCCGGCGUCCGAGCAGGUGUUGGUGGCUACUCGUACUUACUUGAGCCGCUGUGGUGGGCUGGAAUGAUAACGAUGAUUGUUGGCGAAAUCGCUAACUUUGCAGCUUAUGCUUUUGCUCCUGCCAUCUUGGUCACUCCACUUGGUGCACUUAGCAUAAUUAUUAGUGCUGCUCUUGCGCGUAUUAUGUUGCGGGAGAAGCUUCACAUAUUUGGUAUACUUGGGUGUAUUCUUUGUGUUGUGGGUUCGACAACUAUUGUGCUUCAUGCCCCUCCGGAGCGUGAAAUAGAGUCCGUGGCAGAAGUAUGGGUUCUUGCUACUGAACCUGCAUUUCUACUUUAUGCAGCUGUUGUUCUUGCAGCAGCUUUCGUGCUCAUAUUCCAUUUUGUCCCACAGUAUGGUCAGACACAUAUCAUGGUGUAUAUUGGUGUUUGUUCUCUUGUGGGAUCUUUAUCGGUCAUGAGUGUCAAAGCUCUUGGAAUAGCCUUGAAGCUGACAUUUUCAGGGAUAAAUCAGCUUGUCUAUCCACAAACAUGGGUGUUCUUACUUGUUGUAAUCUCAUGCAUAGUGACACAGAUGAACUAUCUGAACAAGGCCCUUGACACGUUCAAUACUGCAGUUGUUUCGCCCAUAUAUUAUACGAUGUUUACAUCCUUGACCAUUUUGGCUAGCGUGAUAAUGUUCAAGGAUUGGGAUCGUCAAAAUCCUACGCAAAUUGUCACUGAGAUGUGUGGCUUUGUUACCAUCCUUUCUGGGACUUUUCUUCUUCACAAGACGAAGGAUAUGGUGGAUGGUCUCCCACCAAAUUUACCCAUCCGACUUCCUAAACAUGCGGACGAGGAUGGCUAUGCUGCUGAAGGAAUUCCUCUUAGGUCAGCUGCUGAUGGCAUUCCACUCAGGUCACCAAGGGGCACAGACUCAUUUCGCUCGUCAUGAUGCUUUAAGGCUUACACUUGCAACCGUGUUCCUAUACAUGGGAGGAGAAGAAUGCCCUUCCAUUCACUCAUUGGAUACACCCCAUAGGUUUUGACUGUAGGAUUCAAAGGUAACAAGCUCGGCUUCCCCUUGUAGUUUCUGAGGCACUGGUACAUAAUUUUGAGGAUUAUACCAGCUACACUUCUCUGGGUAAGAUAACCAGGAUGGCCAAGAAUCGCGGUGAGUCAUAUAGGUCACUGUCGAACUGUUGCAUUCUUUCAAAACAACUCACUCAGAAUACAGGAAGAAUUGAAGCAACACAUGUUAAUUCAUCUUUAAACUGCCCCCUGAAUUCAGGUGCUCCAAGACGAUUGGUGGGUACGACUAGCAAGUAACAAGGUCGAUGGAGUUUUGUUGAAACAGUCGGUUGUGGUGUAAGGUGACGCAUCCUGACGUUGAGCAAUUGAUUUAACACAUUUUGUUCGGUUGCGCGUUAAUUUAAGCAAAUAUAUGGAAAACGAUAGAUUCGUUAGCCUAGUCUUCA